AUGCGUGGACUUUGGUCUCUCACACGACACAUUCGAGAAGCUUUACUCAAACUGCUCUCAGAUAAAGCAGAGUGUCAGAGAGAGACACAGAAACAAAAGGACAGAAUUUGGCCAUUUGGACAUAAUAUAAACAUGGUUUGUUGGUGUGUUUAUGUAUUUGUUGUUCAGCUGCUGUGUUCAGUUUUAUCUAAGGCCAGUGUUAAUGAAAGGACAAUUUUUGGCCAUUCUGAGAAAAUCGGCGUGUUUGAAGGAACAAGCAAUUUUGGGAGUGUAGAUGGCACCGGACCCAGUGAGACAAAGAGUACCGGCAGGGUGCUGGUGGUGCCAAUGGAUGGGAGUCACUGGAUCGUGAUGAAGGCUGUGGCAGAGGAACUGGGCCGCAGAGGCCACACUGUGCUGGUGCUGAUGCCGGAGGUCAGCAUGCGUUUGGACUCUGGGAAGCAUUACAUGAGCAAAACAUUUCCGGUUCCAUACACACAGGAUCUGCUUAACCAACUGGCAAAAACUUCCCAGCAGCUGAUUGGUUCUACAGCAGGUCUGAUGGAGAGAAUCUCAGGGAAACUGAAACACAUGAGAGAGAUUAUGAAUCUGAUAAUCUCCACGAGUGAGAGUUUGUUAUUUAACCAUGACCUGGUGGAGUUUUUACAGAAGCAGCAGUUUGAUGUGGUACUGACAGACCCUGUGAUGCCAACUGGAGCCAUUUUAGCCUUUAACCUGUCUCUACCAGCCAUCUACAUGCUACGUGGUUUACCAUGUGGGAUGGAUGCUAUUGCCACUGCCUGCCCUGACCCUCCUUCCUAUAUUCCCCGCUUUUUCACUAAACACACUGACCGCAUGUGCUUCACUGAGCGUGUGUUAAAUGUGGUGAUAUAUUUGCUAGAACCAGUGAUGUGUAAGCUGCUGUACUGGUGGUUUGAUGAUGUGGCAUCACGGUUCCUGCAGCGCAGCAUCAGUAUGAAGGAGAUUCUAAACACAGCUGCUGUGUGGCUGCUGAGAUAUGACUUCACCAUGGAGAUCCCCAAGCCACUAGUGCCUAACACUGUGUUGAUUGCAGGACUGAACUGUGCUGUUACCCACCCUCUGGACCCGGAAGUUUUGGAGUUUGUGGAAGGAUCAGAACAUGGAAUUGUAGUUUUCACACUCGGCUCUUUAGUGCCAGCAAUGCCAAAGGAGAAAGCAACCAUUUUCCUCCAGGCUUUCAGCAGAAUCCCUCAAAGAGUGCUGUGGAGAUACAUGGGUGAAGUUCCUCAUGAAGUGCCUGGGAAUGUGAAGCUGAUGAAGUGGCUUCCUCAAAAUGACCUUCUGGGUCACCCAAAGGCAAGAGCAUUCAUUACUCAUGGUGGAUCACAUGGUAUCUACGAAGGGAUUUGUCAUGCUGUUCCCAUGGUGAUGAUUCCACUUUUUGGUGAGCAGGGUGAUAAUGUGCAGCGACUGGUCAGACAUGGGGUGGGUGUGGUUUUGAACUUCUAUGCUAUCACAGCUGAUGUGCUCGUCAACACCCUAGAUGCUGUCAUCAAUGACAGUAGUUAUAAAGAGAAGAUGAUGAAACUAUCUGCUCUUCACAAUGAUCAACCAAUAACGCCGCUGGAUCUUGCAGUUUAUUGGACAGAAUAUGUAAUGAGGCAUAAAGGGGCAGACCAUCUACGUUUGGCUGCUCAUAAUCUUAAUUGGUUCCAGUAUCACAGCCUUGAUGUGUUUAGCUUUCUGCUGGUUAUCAUGGUGAUUAUUGUCACAGUGAUGAUGAAAUGGUGCAUGUUAUUGUUAAGAUGCUGCAGGAAAUUACUGAAGACUAAAGAGGAGUAA